AUGGUCGCCCCACCCCCAGCCGCACCUGUCCCAGACUGGACGCCAACCACACCUUUCCCUCUCCUUCCCGCCCUCAGUCAUCCAUCAUCCCCCUCCCCCUUCCUCACCUCCCCCUCCCCGCCAGCGCUCGCAGCCUCCCCCAACCCAUCCACCUCUCUUCCAGCACCGAGCACCUCUCCUACCCCCGUCACCCCAGGCCCCCCAUCCUUAAUGCCCCUGCUAGAUUUCUAUGGUCGAGCAAGAGAGUGGACCGCCGCCGCUAGGUUAUCACUCGAGCCAUCCCCACCACCGUCGCCUCCAAGAGCGGUGAUGCGGCCCAAGAAAGUGCGAAGGAGAGGCAGACCAUACCCGCCCCAGCCAAGUAUAAUCAUCAAAGCUGAACCGGAAGAAGUCUCCCUCCACGCAGCGGUGGUGACACCACCUGCUGGACUGGGUCUGCCGAUGGCUCCGCCAUCGAUGAGGGCUCUUGAAGGAGAGCUUGUCGCUGGAACCGUUGUACAGGAGGAAGAUGCUAGGCUACAACGCCUGCUAGGGGACUACGAGCGCAUGCUUUGGGAGAGAGUCGAGAGCUGUGAGAGGAUCGAGAGGCUGAUCGAAGAUUCGGCGAGGAUGUUUGCUGAUCGAUGACCUACGAGGGCGAUGCUUUGAUCGCCGCGGUACAUGUCGUUUGAAGAUUGGACCGAUCUACGCUUCCCGGACUCGACAUAUGCGAGCUCUGCACAUCGAGAGCAACGAAGUACUUGUACAACAGUCGAUCCGCCUCAAACCGCGAGUUAUGCCCGAGUUGUGACUCCGGUGCCUAGCAGGACAGCCCUUCAAGAAUGUGCUCAUAUACACAGGUUUGCUUCCUGUGCUGCUUUUUUUUUCUUCCUUGGUAUUGCUGCUCACACCCACAUGUCCACUUGUACGCUGUUAUAUCACCACACUAGUUGCCCUUGCUCUGAACGUGCAUACAUUGUACUUUAUCCGUGACUACCGUUCUCUGGCCUCCGAAACUUAAUCAAAGUGACUUCUUCCUCCACUUUAAUGUCAUUGAGCCAAAUGCCAGCUCGUUAUCCC